AUGCCUAGGAUGUGCUUUUACAGUACAUUGUCUACUUGCCUGCCCAAACAUCCUCUGCCUGAACAUGUACCUGCUUUACCAGACCAAAAGGAUGCAGAACACUGGGUGUGUGCUCUAGAUGACCUGUUGAUCACAGCCUGGGAGACCUUGCAGCAGGUCCAUAUUCUACUCUACUGCUGCCCAGAGAAAUGUGCUGGGGACACCGUCUACCCCUCUGUGCUCCCCUCACAGCACCUAGCUGGCAUAGCACUGGUGUGCAAGGGGGAUGGAACAUGGACAGAAACUAUGGACAAACUGCAGAUCAUAAUAAAUAAGAUAGAAGAAGUGACGAAAGAAGCAAGGACAGAAAAUAAAGCUGAGCUGGUGUCGUUAGGCAAAGUAAAGAGAAUCAAUACAGCUUUUCAGCAACUGUCAUCUCUAGUGCCAAGCCUGAGUGAAGUAGCUGCACUAUUUUCUGCUCCCGGUGGUGCUUUGAACAGUUUGAACAGCUCAUUGAACUAUUUAAUACAGCAGAUCACAAACACAGCCAAUGCAUACUCAGCUUGGCUAAACAAAGAAAGAUCAUGGGACGAGUUCUCAGAGGAAACCAUACAAGAUAGUAUCAGAACAUUUAGAACUAAGUUGAAUGAUGUUAUUACAACCAUUCUGCUUGGUGUGCAAAAUCUGGUGAAGUUAAUAGGAAAUGAAGCAAUGGAAGAGGGUGAAGAGGAGAGAGAAGAGGAGGAUGAAGGAAUUGAUUUGAAAGAUGGCCAUUUGACAGAACUUCAAGCAAAGUUGGAGAAAGCUGUUGCGAAUAUUGGAAUGGAAAAGGUAAUCGCCGGUGUUCAGUCUCUCCUGAUUGAAGUCAAGACCACCCCAGCAAUGUCACAGUUGCUGAACCCCAAGUGUGACCUCCUGUCUCUCUGUAUCCCAGCACUGGACCAGUAUACCAAGCUGGCACAGUAUUAUGUCACUGAAAUGGCUGCCACUCACAGAGCCACAGCCAAACUGCUCUCUGUUCUACUGGGAGUGUUCACUGAGCUGACUCUGAAG